GCUGGGAUUGAAAAGGAUUGUGUAUAUAGUUUUUAACUCCCACUGGGAUUAUGGCUUGGCACAUUGUAGAGAAGUUAAUUGAACAAGUAGGACAGCACUCGACGUUAAUAGGAAAGUUCUGGACAACGUUCUUCUUCGUACUGAGAUUUUUGAUGGUUGUUUCAAUCGCUGACACAGUUUUUGGUGAUGAACAAGGAUCAUUCGUUUGUAACACACUGACUCCUGGUUGCGAAAACGUAUGCUUCAACGAUUUUAGCCCGAUAUCUCUCAUCAGAUUAUGGGCUCUUCAGAUUUUGAGUGUCGCAAUACCAAGCAUCAUAUUCAUCGUCUAUACAGCUCACAAACUUACUAAAAUUGAGCAAGCACGGGCAUUAAAAAAAAAAGAAGAAGAUAAAAAGAAAAAACAAAAAGAAGAAGCAAAGAAAUUGAGAGAAGAAGCGCGGAACAAGGCCAGGAGACGAAUGGCGGAUGAAGGUCCUCCAGAAUACAAUAACUUCAUCCACGGAGAGAAUGGACAUGUCACAAACGUUGAGCCAGUGACUGAAAAAGCAGCCAAAGAAGCUUCAGAAAAAGAAGACAAAAAGAAAAAGGAUGACGACAAAGACGAUUCGAAAAAAGACGAAGUUGUUGCAACAAAAUUAGGAGCGGAUACACCACCGAGAUUAUUUCUCGCUUAUUUAACACAGGUCGUUUUCAGAUUGCUCGUUGAAGUGGCGUUUAUGAUUGUUCAAUUCAACAUUUAUGUUUACAAAUUCUACGUUCCUGAAUUAUUUAAAUGCUCAAGAUGGCCGUGUCCAAAUGUGGUUGAUUGUUUCGUAUCGAGACCCAAAGAAAAGACUGUAAUGUUAUGGAUUAUGUUUGGUACUGGACUAAUUAUGAUUGCUCUUAAUCUUAUUGAGCUAUACCAUCUUGGUAUGCGCCAAGCUUACGAUGCGUGGAAAAGGCGAGGUGAAGAUAUUACAAAGCAGUACAAGAGCGUCACAAAUAACAUGCCACACUUUGGACACGGAGGAUACGGGGGCUACAGCAGGUAUCGUGGUGGGUAUCCACAAGCUGUAGGGAUCCGCGUGGGGUACGCCAGGAGCAGUAUGUCGGGUGAAGGUGGUGGGGACUAUGAUGGAGAUCAAUUUAUAUAAUUUUAUUCUAUAAUUAUUCGCUACAAUUUUGCCGAAUUGUUGUUAAACGAUGAUGUUGGCAUAAGCAUUAUGGUUUUAGAUUUAGAACUAUUUGACAAAUUUUGAUCAUUCGUGCUUUAAUCUUAACGCGUGGAAACAUAGUUUAUUAAGAUAUGUUCGACUUCGAGGGUUUUAUCACAACAUUUUUGGUGAACUUACAUAGAUUUGACACCGUUUAAAAAACUCUACGCAUAGAAGAUACCUGAGAUUUAAUAUAGCAUUGUCUGAACACAAAGCUUUGGUCAAAAUUGCUGCCCACGCAAGUACAUAUGACCCAGCACGCCAACUAUCUUUUCCAUGCUGUAUAAUUUCCUGUCGUAUAAUUUGCAAGAUUCUAGUUAAGCAAGUGACAUCAAAUUGUAUAGCAUUUCCUGAACUUCAUCUGUAAGCCAUAUUAUAAUAUUAAAUUAUAAUAUACUUGACCAACCAAUGUGCCAACCUUACCAUGACACCAAUCCAUUUUCGUAGAUAAAUAUAGUAGAUAGAAAACUUGUUUUUAUUUUGUAAGCCAUGAUCAUGCAAUAGUAUGCAUGGCCAACAAUGAGCAACCAAAUAAUUAAUUAUAUGAUGAGAUGUUUAUUUCUCUGUUGCGUGGAAAAUUGAUUGUGCCAAAAGCGAGCAAAAGUAGCAAACCUCUGUCAAUCCGCUCUGUGAUAGUUUAGAGACUUUUUUAAUGUACUGUGAACACCAUGAAUCAUUGUUGAACAAAUUCCAAAUUUUCUCUGAUAUUAUUUUGAUGUACAAAACAGUGAAUAUAGAAUAGUACGUUUAUGCCUGCUGGUCUAUUUUUACCAGCUGAACAUUUUUUUUUUAUAAAAUAUCACUUUAUUUUUGAAAUUUUCUAUUUGCCAAACUUAUUUGCUUAUUUUCUAAUAUACAUCCCAGGUAGAGAUUGUUCCCUUUUUAGCAGCGCAAUACACCACUGUCCACAAUUGGUUUAUAAAAUCUAAUUGGUACUAUUUGACACGCAUCAUGCAUAAAUGAAUAAAACGGCAAUCGAGCUGUAUUUAUGGCCCAAAUUUAACUGUGUAAAAUGAUGAAUUAAUUUCUGCCUGGGUAGAAUGUAAGAUACGGGAUGUUGCAACAGAAUAUAGAACAAAAUAACAAUAUCAAUUCAUUGUUUUGCUUGUUGUUUCAGUUCAUAUAUUUAGUUUUGUUGUCCAGAAACGUCUGUUCUUAUUUUCUAAAUAAAUUAAUUCCUUUUAUUUAAUUUUUUUGUGCCGUUUUGUUUUAUACAAUCAGAUUUUUCCUCUUUUUUGCUGCAAAAUCAAAAUUGAAAUUUCCAUUUUUCAUUUACAUAUCUUCUAUUAAUGUAUAAUACUUUAUUGAUAAUAACAUCAUCAAUCCUUCACAAACUUCACCAUAUGUAACAUUUUAUUAUGACACCUUGUCAAUCCAUGUUUACUAAGUUGAAUAGUAUUUUUGAAUACCUUGCUGCCAAAAUAGAUAGUAAGCUUGUCGCAAAGUGAUUUUUUGAAAAUAGAAAGCGAGACACUAAUAUUUUAUUUGCAGUUUAUCUUAUUCAUUAUAUGUGCCAAAUCUUAGAAACAAAUGCAAUAUGUGGAUGCAAAAUAUUCAAGUACCGGUAACUACAUUCAAUAUGUGAUUUUGCGACAAAUGGUGUUAUACUUCCUACAUUAAAGAAUGUAUUUGAACUUAUCUCGAAUGCUCAUUCUAGUGUCAUUUUGCAUAGCCGAAUAUGAUCUGAAAACACUUAUUCUAUUGUUUUUAACCACUUUUCCAAAGUUCGAAGGUGUUUAUAUUGUGUAAACAGUUCUGGGAAUUUCGAUUUCAUUUUAAAGCAUUCCAUAUUCUAUAAAACUUCUAUCUCAAGUUCCGUUGUAUUCUCGAAUGGUUAUUUGCAUUUUUAUGUUGUUCAUUUACAUAAGCUAGUCGCAAUAUUAUUUGUGAUGUCAUCAACGCAUGACGUCAUAUAUAAAUUCACCACAGUUGCGCAACAACGUUUAAUUUUGUUGCAAAGCCUUUGUUUAUUUCAUUUCACCGAUUCAUUCCAAAUGAUGUUAUCAUAGUCAGGUCACUGGCAACAUUAUACUCAUGACUGUAACUAAGAUGUAUUUACGCAAUCUAAUUGAUGUUCUACCGUCUUGAAAUAUUAUCGGAGUAUUUUUUGACUCAAAUAUUGUCGCCUUUAAUUUUUAUUCCUUGUCUGUUUGCACCUGCUUGCUUUUACUUUAUUUUUUUUGGCUCGCAUCAUCUAAUUAUCUAUUAGAGCACAUUUAAAAAUAUAUAACUGCAUGGAGUGGA